GAGAUGAGAUGAGAUGAUGUGGAGAUGAGAUGAGAUGAUGAGGAGAGGAGAUGAGAUGAGAUGAGAUGAUGUGGAGAGGAGACGAGAUGAUGAGGAGAGGAGAUGAGAUGAGAUGAUGUGGAGAUGAGAUGAGAUGAUGUGGAGAGGAGAUGAUGUGGAGAGGAGACGAGAUGAUGAGGAGAGGAGAUGAGAUGAUGAGGAGAGGAGACGAGAUGAUGAGGAGAUGAGAUGAGAUGAUGAGGAGAGGAAAUGAGAUGAUGAUGUGGAGAGGAGAUGAUGAGGAGGAGGAGUGGAUGAGGAGAGGAGAUGAUGAGGAGAUGAGAUGAGAUGAUGUGGAGAGGAGACGAGAUGAUGUGGAGAGGAGAGGAGAUGAGAUGAUGAGGAGAGGAGAUGAUGUGGUGAGGAGAGGAGAUGAUGUGGAGAUGAGAUGAUGUGGAGAGGGGAGGAGAUGAUGUGGAGAGGAGAUGAGAUGAGAUGAUGAGGAGAGGAGAUGAUGAGAGGAGAGGAUGAGGAGGUCUCAUCUUCUCUCGGGCUGUUUCAGCAGCACAAGACUUGUUAUGAUGUCGUAUCCAUUUCUCCAGGUCGUAUCAGAGAUCAGUUCUGCAGUGAUUCACAUUAUUCAGAAUGUGUCUGUGGACUUUUCUCUUGAAGAGUAACUAUUAUAAUGUCCUUAAAAUGACAUGUCAUGCGGUGUGUAAUGUUGCUGUGUGUGAAUGUCAGCAGUCUGUCGAGUUGUGAAGACGAAAGUGAACGAAUCACAACGUUAUUGGCUUGGGAAAAAGGAGUCGACGCUGAAUCACGCGAACGAGUCGUCUGUCGUUCUCAUUUCAGUUCCGGGUCAGAUUUGCGUCACUCUGUGUAAUGCCCGCCUACGUUCCAUUUGUGACACUGCAUGCGGUAGACCAAUCACAGCAGACUACACCAUCUGACCAAUCAGAUCAGAGUAGGCUAACAGAAAGGAGGGGAUUUGACAGAUGAAUCGCCGAACGAAUCAUUUGAGAGUCAGUCAAGAAGUGAGGUAACAAUAAUAACUGCCUAUUAUUAGAAAAUGAAAGUGUUUUUACAGCGUGUAUGUACAUAAACUUGUUGUUGGACACUCCUUAAAGCAAACUCAGACCUUAAACAUCACAAUAUUUACUCUUUAAAAAUCAGCACGAAGGUUUUAAAAGUGAGUGAAUGAAAGUGUCCAGUUCUCCAUUACAUGUCCUUCAGUGGACAGUGACCGGUCCCGUGUGUUGUGAUGAAUGAUGAAGAACUGCUCAUGAAUGAAGAUGCAUGUAGAAUAUCAACCGCAGUACGUGUGUUUGGAUUCAGGCUUGUUCUGCGGUGAUUUGAUGGGCCGGUGGGUUCUGGUCUGGACCGCCCGAGAGAUCCAGUUUGAGUCAUGUGUUUAUGCAGGACAGACCGACGACCGUCUUACGGUCGAGCACCAAAGAUGAUCUACCUGGAGGCCAAUUUUGUCCAGUUUAAAGAGGAUCUGCUUCCUAAAGAGGGAAAUAAAGCCCUGCUCACAUUCCCCUUCCUGCACAUCUACUGGACCGACUGCUGCGACACAGAGUCAUAUAAAGCAUCGGUUAAAGAAGACAUACAGCGCUGGCAGAAUGUUCUCCGUCUUCACGGCUCACUGGAUUGGCUGAUUGUGGUGGUGGAGACCGACAACAAGAAAAAGAACAAAACCAACAUCCUGCCGCGCACCUCCAUCAUGGACAAGAUCCGCAAUGACUUCUGUAACAAGCAGAGCGACAGGUGUGUGGCUCUGUCUGACCCUCUGAAGGAGUCGUCUCGCUCUCAGGAGUCCUGGAGUUCCUUCCUCAUUAAGCUCCGUACGCUGCUCCUCAUGUCCUUCACCAGGAAUCUGGGCCGCUUCGAGGACGACAUGAGAACCAUGAGAGAGAAACGCACCGAGCCCGGCUGGAGCUUCUGUGAUUACUUUCUGGUGCAGGAGGAGUUGGCCUUUGUCUUUGAGAUGUUACAGCAGUUUGAAGACGCUCUGGUUCAGUAUGAUGAGUUAGACGCUCUCUUCACACAGUAUGUGCUCAACUUCGGUGCUGGAGAUGGAGCAAACUGGCUGGGUUCGUUCUGUCACCCGGUGCGGAGCUGGAACGGACUGCUCUUACGGAGACCCAUCGACAUGGAGAAGCGUGAUCUGAUUCAGAAAGGAGAGGCCAGUCUGCUGGAGCUGCGCAGUUAUCUGUUCUCACGUCAGUGUACGCUGCUCAUCUUCCUGCAGAGACCGUGGGAGGUGACGAGUCGAGCGCUGGAGCUGCUGCACAACUGUGUGCAAGAGCUGCGUCUGCUGGAGGUGUCUGUGGUGUGCGGCGCGCUGGACUGCUGGGUGUUUCUCAGCUGUCUGGAGGUUCUUCACAGGAUCGAGGGCUGUUGUGAUCGCAGCCAACUGGAGGCCAACGUCUCGCACACCGUGGGCUUGUGGACCUACGCCACCGAGAAGUUGAAGUGUCUGGGUGAACUGUGUGGUCUGGUGUCGGAGAACGGGCCGAACUCUGAGGAUCUCAACACAACCGUGGAUGUGCUGGCUGGUCUGGGAACAGAAAGGCCAGAAACUGCCAACAGCCUCCAGAGCCCAUAUAAGAAACUGAAGGAGGCCCUAUCAUCGGUGGAGGCCUUUGAGAAACACUAUCUGGAGCUGUCUCAUGCCGCUAUGGAGAUGUACAGGGCGAUCGGGCGGCUGCGCUCAGCGCGUCUGGUUGGGAAGAGUCUGGCUGAGUUCUACAUGGGGAAAGGCGACCCUCAAAGUUCGGAGAACUUUCUUCAGGAGUCUCUGAAGUCAUACGUGUCCGAGAGCUGGAGUUUACCCAUCACACACACACGCAAGCAGAUGGCCCAGUGUCAGAAGCAGCUGCAGAAGAUGGAGGAAUACCUGCAGACGAGCGCUCUGCUCGCCAGCGAUGCCAACCUGAGCGAUGACGAGAGGAAACACUUCUGCCAGGAGAUUCUGACCUUCGCCAGUCACACCUCCGAGGUCAAAGAUCAGCGUGUGGCUCUGAGCAUGAGCUCUCUCGCUCAGCUGCAGGAGUUGCGCUUUCAGCCCGCCUCGGCCCUGGUGCACGUCGGUGCCGCUCUGCAGCUGGAGCUGCGUCUCUGCAGUCUGAUGCCCGUCCCCGUGCACGUGCAGCGGCUCUCUGCCAGCGUCCACUUCGCCCUGGAGCAGCCGGGCGCGACGGCUCACAAACGCUCGGGUCACAACCCCGCCGGCACUGUCACGUUCCCCGCCGCCAGUCCCAUGUCGUCGUCUCCAGCGCUGGAGCUGUGCGAGAUCCAGGAACACAGUCCGUCUGAUAACGCGCUCAGCUCCGCCGGCGUGGUCUGCAAGAACACGCACCUGCUGAUGCGACGUCACGACAGCACCACGUCUCUGGACACGCCCAACGCAGCGCCGUCCACCGUCACCAUGGAAGAUGGAGCUCAGAUGCUGAAGACCAAUGACGUCACUCUGUUGCCUGGCAACAACAGCAUCAUCUUCACCGCACCGACCGAGAAGGCCGGGACGUAUACUCUCCGCCAGCUGUGGGCCACGGUCGGCAGGGUUCAGUUUCUGCUGCCUCAUAUUUAUCCUCUGGUGCAGUACCAUGUUUACUCGCAGGAGCCGCAGCUCACCAUUCAACCUCUCACAGACAACCUGUUGGCCGGUUUACCACAGCAAGUGAAAUUCACCAUCCUCACGGGUCACUACACGGUGAAGAAGGGCGACGCUCUUCAGAUGACUAACACUGACUGCAUGCCUGUCCUCAACUCCAGCACAUGCAGCGCUCGAAUCCUCAGCAGCUCUGCAGAUCUGAUCGGCGAGAGCGCUCUGUCCAUUCAGUCAUCUGAGAAGGUGACCAGCAUCUCUCUCCCUCUGACUCCACCCUACCACACGCUGGAGUUCCUGCUGGACGUGCUGUGUCACAUCCCAUCAUGCCUGGCGCGGACCGAGAGCGGGCGUCUCACUAAUGGCCAGAUUAAUCAUCACUCGCGCAGCAGAACUCGCUUCAACAGCGGAAUGGCCGUCGUGGACCAGAAGGUGUCUGUCGAUUGCCCCUGGUCCAUUUACUCCACCCUGCUCUCUCUCACCUUCCACGUGCCCUUCAAAGUGAAGCACUCGCUGCUGUCUGCAGGACGAAGGAAGUUCAUUCAGGUUUGUCUUCAGAAUGUAUCGGACACUAACUUUCAGCUGAGAGAUCAGACGCUGACUGAGAAUCAACACACAGUGUCAGUGGAGCUGCAGCCUCUGGGCCGUCAGACAGCGAGCCUGGUGUUGAGUCAGCAGUGUGUGUUCAGUGUUUGGGAGAUGAAGUGGAGCGGCACCCCUCCGUCCACACUCGACUGUCAGUUUUCGGCCGGUUUUGCCCCCGCGGACACAUCAGACGCUGUGAUCAGACCCUACAGAUACGACUUCACGCUGGAGAGAGUUUCAACGGUGUACAACGUGCGAGCAGAGAUCUGUCCGGCCGCUGGAGAGCAGCACUGUCACACCGGUGCCCUCUGCAGGCUGGAGGUGUCACUCACACGUCUCUCUGAACCUGAUGACACAGACAGAUGUGAUGAGGAGCUCAUUGAGGCUGAGGGUCUGAGGACCACCAGACUCAUGUAUGAAGUGAUCGAUAACAACAGUAACUGGGCGGUGUGCGGCAAGAGUUCAGGGCUCGUGUCCAUGCCAGUUGCUGCCAUGGCAACACACAAGGUUCAGAUGGAGGUAAUGCCUCUGUUUGCAGGUCACCUGCCCUACCCCAACAUCAGAGUGUUCAAAUACCUGCCGCACCACACAAGCCCCGUCAUCCCGCCCGACACAGACUCGUGUCUGGAGAACGACAGUCUCUCUCUGCUGGAUAAAGGACUGGAGGAUCAGGGUGAUACAGCGAGUCUGCGCAGUCGGGGCAGCGUUCACUCUGUGGGCAGCGGCGAGCAGCAGCCGCGGGGUCUCCCCAUGCCAAAGCGUGAGCCGUUCGCCCCCGGUCAGGUGUUUGUCAGCACACAGAGCAGACAGGUGUUAGUGCUGCCUGGCACAGACGAUCACGUGCUGGAGGUCAACGUCACAUGACACCUAUGGACGGCCCUGCCCCUUUGGGUCCCCAACGGCCAUCUCUGUGCUCUCGGCGGACAGCAGACGGGGGGAGAGAGGGCUGCGUGUGUUAUGGGAACGGCCGGCUGGACGUUGGCUGUCGGUUUGGCCUGAACAUAGAAACACACACAAGUAUCACUGGAGCCUGAGAAACAUCUGCUAUCUUAAUGCUUUGAUUUGACUGUGCAGACAGACACACUAGAUGAAACUCAUGCUUUAUAUUUCUGUCUCAGACAUCCCAUAAUGCCUUGCAGCCUCUUCCUCCUCCUGCGCUCAGGUGGUCGUCUGUCCUGGAGGUGUCAACACAUCACUGAUGAUUGUGUGAAUUCUGUAUCUGUGUGUGCGUGCGUGCGUGUGUGCGUGCGUGCGUGCGUGGCUUUACUGUCAGCUGGUGAGAGCGCCGCCUGCUGGACGCUGUACAUAAUGUUGAAUACAUAGAUGAUAUUUAAUAAGAAUCACUGUAUUGAUGCUUCGGCUGAACUCAAUUCAGGUAGAAGAGAAAAAACAUCAUCACGUGAGUCAGUGAAAUUAAAGAACAAUGAUUAUUCUGGUUUUGCGUGGAAUGUAUUUAUUAUUACGUUUUAUUCUUUUUGAUGUUUGUUAAAGGUUCUUUUAAAGCAGACAAGACCUCGACAUCUCUCCAUCAGUGUAGAAGAGUUUACACCCUGAAGUCUUUCUUGAUUGGACAGUAUUGUUUAUUUCUGCUGUUAUCACUUGAGUUGUCAUGACAACCUAAAGAUUUCAUAAUAAACUGCAGUGAAGGAUGAUAUUAACACUCCAGAGUCAAACAAAACUCGUAUGUAAAAACAUAAAGAACACGUCUAAAGCUCUUUUGUGGGGUAAACACUUUAAUUUUGUGCAAUGAUAAUGAAUCUCACUCAGUUGCCAGUACUGUCAUGGAACUAUUUCGAAACCAUUUCUAAAGUACACGGGGAUAAUCCUUAUACAUUGUUUUGAAGUAAUAAACAUUCUCUGGACAGAAUGUUUUUCAUUUAACUUAAUGGUUCUAAAAAUAGACUUUGUUUUUUUCUUUGAGGUUCACACUCAAACUCAAGCACAGCAGUCUGGUGUGUUUCUGUGGGAUAAUAACUCUAUUAGAGUGUUUUGUUUCAGAGGGUUUGUACGAGUCAUGUGUGUUUCAUGUCUUGUGUUUGUAUACCCGACAAACACAAAAGCAGCUUGUGUGCUGAUCUGGGAACAGGUGUGUUUGUUUUUAAAGCUUAUUGUCAACACAUUAAAUGCCAAAACAGAUCACAAAGCAGAACUUUAUUGCUUUUAUGUUUGAGCACAUCUGGUUUGAUGUCAUACACUUUGGUUCAGGGAUGUUGGGUUGUUCAUUCACCUUGAGAGACUGAAGAUUCUGGACUUGUUUUAGCUCUGACGUCAACCGUUUUCAGAAGCUGUUUGUAAAUUGUUGAGUCAAUGAAACAUCAGAUUAUUUAAAUGAAAACAUUGUGUAUGUAUCGUUAUACAGCUGAAAAUAUACAAAUGUUUUAAAAGGGAGUUUGUUUCCUGUUUUUUCUCUUAACACUCUGUGGUACGCAAUAUGCCAAAAAUGAGGGAAAAAAUGUUUUUCUGCUGAAAAUUGAAUAUUGUAAAAAUGUCAAUAAACAUUUUCUUCUUUUUAAAAUGUAAUUAUUAAAAGUUUGUUGCAUCAAGCCAACGCUGUACCACAACAGACAAACUGAAGCAUUGGACAUUUUCACGCCUAACUAUUAAAAACACAUUUCUUUAAACUAGAUAAAUCUAUUAAAGAAUUUGGUUA